UUCAAGUAAACAAAAAUGUCGUUUUGAGUUGCGCCUUUCUUCUGUCACUCGAUUUUGUGUUGGUUAUGUCGAUUUACAUAAUUCUGUAAUUGUAUGUCAGGAUCCCGAAAAGGGUUUGGUUCACUCUGAACAGUGAAUUUAAAAAUGUCGAGUCAAGAAUCGGUAAAUCAUGAUGAAUCAACAUUAGAACAACAUAGGAUUCUCUGUGACUAUGCUUUGAAGAUGCAUGAGAUUGAUCUCAUACAGAUACUUCUUGAAGAGGACGAGCAAGAACAUUUCUCUGUAGCCAUCGAUGCUCUGACCCUGUUUGAGAGUGACAUGACGGUAUGUGAUGUGCUGCUGACGAACUCGCACAAGAUUCUUCCCGUGUUUGACACAAGUCUCAAACGAGCCCAGCACAUCAUCCUGGCACGACAUCAACAGAACAAGCACAUGAUGGUGAAAACCAACGUUCAUGCUCGUGUCAUGGCUCUUCCUGUGUGCCCGGAACUGACCCGCACAACGUUACCGCGAACGUCGGACAUUGGGGCCUUUCUCUCGGUCACUGGCACAGUUAUCAGAACUACAGUAGUUCGACUGUUGGAAUAUGAAAAGGAGUAUGUCUGUACAAAGUGUAGAAAUGUAUUUGCCAUACAGUCAGAUUUUGAACAGUAUUACAAUGUUUGUAAACCCAUGAAAUGUCCCAAUGAAGCGUGCAGUUCUACAAGCUUCACAAUGCUCAAUGAUAAAGGCUGUGCCCCUGUGAAGUGUCGAAACUACCAGGAGGUGAAAAUCCAGGAGCAGGCUCAGCGACUCGCCGUCGGAACGAUUCCACGAUCCAUGUGGGUCAUCCUCGAAGAUGAUCUUGUAGAUGCUUGCAAGGCGGGUGAUGAUGUUACUGUGUGUGGGACUGUGAGGCGACGGUGGCGAAACCUAAUGGCCGACUCAAGGUGUGACAUUGAGAUCGUGUUACAGGCGAACCAUGUUCUUGUUACUAACGAACAACGAAGCUCCAUUCUAAUUACUAAUGAAAUGAAAAGUGAAAUUGUGUCAUUUUGGGAACAGCAUAGGAAUGAACCACUGACAGCCCGCAACAAAAUCCUCGCCAGUUUCUGUCCUCAAGUGUAUGGACUGUAUGUCAUUAAACUAGCUGUUGUCAUGGUGAUGGCAGGAGGUGUACAGCGAUGUGAUGAGGGGGGUUCUAAGGUGAGGGGGGAAACUCACCUGCUUCUAGUGGGAGAUCCAGGGACAGGCAAGUCUCAGUUUCUGAAGUAUGCUGCGAAGAUCACCCCCCGAUCAGUUCUGACCACUGGAAUUGGCAGCACCAGUGCCGGUCUCACAGUCACUGCUGUCAAGGACUCGGGUGAGUGGCAGCUAGAGGCGGGGGCGCUGGUCCUGGCUGACGGGGGUGUGUGUUGUAUUGACGAGUUUAACAGUAUCCGUGAGAACGACAAGGCCAGCAUACACGAGGCCAUGGAACAGCAGACAAUCAGCGUCGCCAAGGCUGGUCUCGUAUGCAAACUGAGCACAAAGACAACAAUCCUAGCAGCCACCAAUCCAAAGGGUCACUAUGACCCAGACCAGUCAAUCAGUGUGAACGUUGCACUUGCAAGUCCUCUCCUCAGCCGAUUUGAUUUGGUUCUCGUUCUGCUCGACUCACAGAAUGAAGAAUGGGACAGAGUUGUGUCAAACUACAUCUUACAAAACAAAGAUCCAAUUGGUGAGGUUGAUUCACCCACCCUGUGGAGCAUGGAGAAGAUGCAGGCCUACAUGGCGCUUAUCAAAACAAUCAACCCACAGCUAACAAAGAGGGCCAGCAGGGUCCUACAAGCCUACUACCGAGCUCAGAGGAGUGCUGACGGUCGUAACGCCGCACGGACGACGAUAAGACUGCUACAGAGUAUGAUCCGACUAGCUCAAGCACAUGCCCGUCUGAUGUUUCGAAAUGAUGUCACUGUGCAAGAUGCUGUUGUAGCCGUCACUGUGAUGGAGUCAUCCAUGCAGGGUGCGGCUCUGCUGGGAGGAGUGAAUGCUCUUCACACUGCGUUUCCUGAAAACGCUGAAGAUGAAUAUCGGUUACAAGCCGAGAUGAUUCUAACAAGACUUGCUCUAACAGACCUGAUGGAGGAGGAACUCAACGAAAUGACGAGACUGAAAAACCAGCCACAGAAAGAGAAACGAGAGACAGAAAUCACGCAAUGUGAUGUAGAUGGGAGAAGUGACCUGUCCAAUGACAGGACUGAACGUGGAGAGGUAGAAAACCAGUCUAACUCGGAUCGCACAUCUUACCUGGAAACAGAAAGUGAAAAAUCUAAAGAACCAACCAGUCCAAUUGUAAUUCAUUCAUCUUUAACGAAUCAGGACAGAAGUGGGGCAAAACAUUCCACCAAUCAGAAUGAAAAGAAUUCAGAGUUACCAGCCAAUCAAAUUGAAGGUAGUAUAUCACAUUCUGCCAGUCAGAAUAAUAAACAAAUUGAAAGUAAUGUAAGUGAAGAUAUUACAUCUGGCAGCAGUAAUACUAACACACAGAAUCAGUCGCAGAGAAAAAACUACAGCAAUUACCAGGAAAAGAAUGAAGACAAGACCGCACAUCCUACUGAAAAGGGACAAAACUCUUCCAGGGACGGUACAUCUUCCAGGCAGGUUAAUUCUACUGCAGAGGACACUGCAUCUACCAAGGAAAAUAUUUUGUCAAAGAAAUCAAAUAUCUUUAUUAACCAAUCAGAUUUGUUCAAUUCUUCAGACCUUUCUGAUCUUCUGAAUACAAGUAAUGAAGAUGAUGAUGAUGAAAACCAGCAGGUUGUCGCGAGACCGGUAAACAGUUUACGUACAUUGUUCUCCGUGGACCGGAGCAAUGAGUCGACAGUUAACCAGCAGCCAGCACACACACUGCUGAAGACUUCACGACAAAUCAAAACUCACUGCAGCAGUAGUGAUUCCGUGCCCAAGUCAGAAAACCAAAGUCGUACAAGUAAACUGGUUUGUGUGAGAAAUAAGUCUGGACCGACAGUAAAACACAGUACAGCAAAACGAGUAAAGCUGAACAGUGGCGAUAAAACUAAACUUGAAUCAUUGCCUCGUAAACAGUCUGCCAAUGAGAGAUUGAAAUCAAACUCGGUACUGAAUUUACAAAGCAGCAAUACAGGAUUAAGUAGAAACAUCCCUAAAACAACUCUACACAAGCUGAGUCGGUUUGCUUUUGAACCCAAGAACAAGAAGAAUAUUAACGACAGUCACAAUACAUGGAAUUCAGGACUUUUCUCUGGUAACACUUGGGUGAGUAAUGAUCAGUGCAGCCCAGAUUGGGAAUGUGUUAAUCGGAAAGAAAAACCUUCAAAAGACCCCACUGCUGGAGGUGAAAUAUCCACACAGAAAUCCUCAAGUCAUGUAGUACAGAUUGGCAGCAAGACUGGCAGCGAAAUGGCAGACACGGACAGAAAUCACUUGUGUGAGAAACAAGUUGUGAAUAUAGACCUCUCGCAGAAAGUGCUGGUUUCUCCUCUGUCAGUAUCUGAAUCCCAGGAGUCGGUAGAUGUGCCAGGUUCUAGAGGUGGGAAGUGUGACGUCUGGCCGGGUGUUGGGGGAACUCCUUCAGAAUCCAUUGAACACCCAUCUCGGUCAGCCACUGUGAGGAACUCAAGUCCCGCUUGGCUAACAAAGCUCAAGUCACAAAAACAUCCACCCAUCUUUGCCAUUGCUGAUGAUGAUCUCAGUGACUUUGACCUCGACCUUAAUUUUACAAAUCCAGCAAAGAAAAAAAAAGUAUUGUAAAACAAAGUGUGUUAUGUAUUAAAACCUUUGAAUAAUGAA